ACAGUUAUUUUAUUUCCAUUAACUAAACAAGAGCCAUAUGUCCUUAGAACCGAUAACCAUGAUUUACAUGGUUUCUGUAAUAACUGUGAAUUUGGCGUAGAAGGGUAUUCACAACAACUAGCAUUGCACAAUAUUCUCCAAUGCCAUUGAUCAUCUGAGUUUCCAUUCCAUGCUUUCGGAGUCAGCAUUAAUUUAGAAAAUAUAAAAUAGGCUCCCAUUCAUUUGUCAUACAUCUGUAGCCUACUCAGUGGAGACAAAACCAACAUAAUUACGUCUGGACGUCCCUCCCUGCCAACACAAGUAGUACAUCUGUGCAAAACAAAAGGAGAGCACCAAUAGACAUCUCUACUUUGAUCGAUGAACAGGCUUAGUCCUACAUCAUCGCUGGAGUAAAAACAUGCCGCACGGACAUAUUGGAAUCUUCUGACAUUGAACUGAAUUGAAGUAUUCAAUAAACCAGGACGAAUAUCCAGCUGAUGGAACUGCACAAGGAGUAAAUCAAGUCAACCAUCAGUACAUCUGCAGACAUCGAUACACAUGUCUGUAGGAAAGAAAGACUUCAAUUUCAUAGGCUACUGAGAAAUAACUUAUGAAGUGAAUCCACUACCUGAACACAUGAUUAAGAAACAGUUUGGAUCAAGUGACGUUUUUAUCUUCAUUUUGGAGUUUAUCAUUAGAACCCCAAACUGAUAAACUCUUUUGUGUGUAAUCUAUUGUAAUCCAAUUUUUUACACGUUAUUUCAAUCUAUUUUAGGUAAUCUAUUUUCUAAAAUAUAUUGGGUGAUUUUUAAUCAAUACAAUUUUUAUCUUUAAUCUGAACUGCUAUACAUUUACAAAUGACACCAUGGCAAAACUCGUCAUUUUGAUAAGUUUACUCGUCAUUAUUCAUGUGUAUGAAGCCAAAGGAAUAUCCUUAAUGCAAGGUCAAGAAGCCAACUUGAUUUUCCAAUAUCCUUGUGAUAGUUCAGAAGUUACAUUACAACAAUCUAACAGACGACCAUUUUAUAGUUCAAUAGAUGGGUCGUCUCUGUCUUUGCCUGCAAAUCAGGCUCAGAGAUUUGAGGUUAAGAAACUGAUUAUCAAUGCGAGCUGCUCUCUCGAUCUUACCAUAAAGGAUCUAAUGAGAGAUGAUCAAGGAACAUACAUUUUGUUUGUUUACAAGGAUAGGGAAAUACUCGGUGAUCAUACACAUAGAAUUUACCUGAAAGUACAUUAUCCUCCUGAGAAAGCACUUUGUGUUGUGGGGGAAGAUUAUGGUAGAGGAUGGGUAGAGGUAGACUGUACAGCCGAUGCUGGAAGUCUAUCAGGGAAGAUUGAAUGCUAUCAAAAUGGUUUAUGGAUGCCUCACUUAACAGACCCUGUUGUGAGAGGUUCUUUAUUGAAACAGACUAUUCUCAUCAGGAAAUCACAGCCAGCGCUUUGUUGCUCUUCUGCUUUUAAUGUAUAUAAAUCAAGAUGUGAAUGUAAUGAUACUGUCUUGUUUCAAAAUGAAUAUCAUGGAAAAGAUCCCUGUUCGAACAUACCAAUCACAACACAAAUAUCAACAGAUCAUACAGACAUGGUAACGUUUAUAACAUCUAUGAACUUUACAGACUACCACUUAUCAACAUCCACUUAUCAAAAAAAAAUGUUCAAAGUUAAAACAGUAAUCAUAGUUUGUGCUCUUACAACAGCUGUGGUGGUCAUAUCAUUAAUAUUCACAAUUAUCCGUGGUACCUACAUGGAACAGAAGAACCGGAAUAGUAAUGUUGCAUCAGAGCAUCCAUCUGCGUUAACAGAUGUUUAUACUGACGCUGAAGAAUGUAUUGAACUGAAUCCGAAACAGGAUAUACCCCGUUGCAGCAAGGACCUCAAGAAAUUUGCAGACAUCCAUGAUAAAAAAUUUUAUAAACAAAAAGUUGAAUAUAUUGUCAGGACGAUAUGAGGAAAUAUGAUAUAAUUUUAUAUUCUCCUGGUUAAUUCAUACAUAAUUAUAUUAUCAAGUCAUUUUCAAGUGAUCUGAUCAAGUAAAUGCAUCUCAAAGAAAGAUUAGUAUGUAAAUAUCAGUAUACUUUACUAUUAUUGCUUAUAUUUACACAUUCAAUUAGUUGUUCUUAUUAUCUACAAAUAUUGCUUUCGAACACAUUAAACAUCACAGCUGCAAAAUUCUUUACAACAUUUUGUAUAGAAUUUAUGCUGAGUAAUUAAGAAAAUAUGGUAAUGAUUUAGAUAGGAAAUCAUAACAAUCAUUACAUAGUAGACUAAUUACCAAUUAAAACUUAUCAUUUCUAAUGAGGUAAACAAAAAUAAUACUGUAUAUUGGAUAAUCAACAGUAUUUGAAAAUCAAACAAAGGGCAUAUUCUAUUUGAAUAAUUUUAUACCCAUUCUUUUGACUUAAAAAAUGGAACCAUUCAUUGUUCUGACUUCAGAAAAAGCAAUGUUUGCCUUGAACCAUGGACCCUACCACAAUGCUUGAGAAGUGCAAUCCAGCUGCGUGAUAUACGGCAGGGAGUAACCCAUGCCCCGUUUGAUCAAAAUGACAAUGUGCAGUUGGAAUGUCUGGCAAAUAAUACAUCAUAUCAUAUUAUAUUGGUUGGUUGGUUUCGUCAUUUUCAUCCCGGGUUUUCACCAUUGUAAAUAAAUUAAUAUAUCAGUAAUCAUGAUAGAGGGUCACUUUGAUAGAAAGAGGCAAUUUCGAAUUACUAAAACAUGUCAAAAUUCAUUGUUUUGGUACAUGACCUGUAUGAUUAUGUAUGUCACACACAUUUUUUGAUAGAUUUAAUUGAUUUAGAGAAAAUGUAUCUUGAAGAACAGAGACAUUCCCGUCACAAUGAGUGAUUUUUAAACACAUUUUCUGAAUAUGACGAGUUGUAUCGCAUAAUGUAUUACAGACUUGCUGUGACCUAUAUACGAUACGAUGACAGAUUUGUAUGUUACAUGUUUUAUUUUUGUACUGGAAAUAUCAUGAUGAGCUUCUAUAUCUGUUAUUUGUUACAUACAUUCAGUGUAUUUGUUUACACCAUGUAUUCAAUGAAAAUAUUUGUAUUAUUUUGUGAAAUGUUUUAAUAUUCAUUGGGAAUAUUAUUAUGAGCUUCCUUAUGUGUUGCUGACUUGCAGUAGAUAUGUUUACACUAGAACAGUAUCUAUAUUUGUGAAAUGUUUUAAUGUUAUAUCGGUAAUAUAAUAAUGAGCUAUGCGUUACAGAAUAGUGGACUUUUACAUUAUGGCAAUAUUUGUGUUAGUGAAAUGUUUCAAUGUAAUAAUAAUGGGAAUAUCAUAUUAUGUUUCUCUAAUAUCUCAUAAUGUUUUACACUUAUUGCCCUUUUUUUAGAAUAUGAUAAUAUUCUUCCUAAGUAAAAUAUGAAAAGAAUUUCAAAUCCCUCAGAUUUUCUUCAUUUUUCCAGUAAACCUGAUAUCCCAUUUAAUUUUAUUCUCUGAGCGUUCAGGUCGAUUAGUUGGUCUCACAUUUAUACGUAAGAGUACACCAUGUACACUAUACUCAAAGGAUACCAUGCAUGAGUACAAAGAUGAAUUUGUUGUCCUAUUGUUUUUUUUUUCAUUGUUUAAUAGUUGCAUGUCAGCUAAAUUUUUUUUAGUAAAAUUGCAGAUGUGAUAAGAAGGGAAAUAUGUAUAGAAUCACAAACAGGAGGGGAAAAAAUUAUUUUGAGAUUUCCGAGCAUUAUACCGGAUUUUUCUUCAGUUUUUCAAUGGUAGAACAAGAACAGUCUAUUUAAGGUUAAGAUGCUAGAAUCAAAAGUGAUUGUCAAACCUGUGUUUCGUCAAAUGUGUAGGCUUAGAUGACAGAUGCAUUAUAAUGUUAUGUUGUCGUCGGAUCGAUAUUGCACUUUUAUUUUCGACCAGACUUAAAUGAAACGAAUCAAUGCAAGAUGUAGAGUUCAUACUGUAUAUAUUUAUUAAAGAUGAUAACUUGAUGAUGUUGAUGAUGAUGAUGACAAAUAGAUGAGUAAGUCUAAUGGUGACUGUACUCUGAAGUAUAAAAUAGACUCUGCAAACUAAAUGUGAUAUAAAAUGUAAACUCUUCUGUAGCUCUAUCUCUAAACCAUUCUCGAAUCUAACUCCAAUCUCUAUAAUAAUGUACACGUAUACACGGCUUUUGCAAAUGUUAAAAACAACAAGAAAUAAAGGUACAUGUA